UGAUGAUCGCUGGCGUCAGUUCAAUCUCGACUUUACUCCACCACCUCUACUAACCUGGUGCGACUGCUGCCUCCGGGGGGGCAUCCUUUGCAUUGAUAUGAGCCUGUCUUUCUGGUAGAUUUUCUUCCCUUCUCCUCCAUUCGUCCAAACCCCUCCCCCCUCUCAUUGUCUGUAUCUCGCCUAGCUCAAACAUGACGGGUCGAGACUCUGAUAAGGGGCAUCGCUACAUCUCUGCUCUAGAGAAUGCGCGCUGCCAGGACAAGUGGGAUGAGGUUCCUGAAUUGAUCCGGAAGGUGACCAAGCAUGCGCCGCAAAAGACAUGUCUUCUAGAAGUCGCCAGCGCAGAAUACCAGAUUGCGUCGCACAUUCAGAAAGAAGCAUCGACUCCCCAGUCAACCUCCACCUCUUCCAGCCUUCAGGAACUACUCCCGUCUCUCCUAUCCACUAUUAAUAGAGCAGAAGGCUCUAAGCAGGAAGUCCUCCAAGCACAAGUGUGUCUGGGCUGGGUACAUUGGACACUCAACGAAUUGACCCUGGCCACAUCUCGUUUUCCGGACAACUUCACCGAAACUGUCCAUGACCUCGAAAGUGCAGGGGAGGAGCUAUCUCCGUGGACGCAAGUUUGCCUCGUCAAAGCUUGCUAUUUAAAGGCUGCCUCACAACGCAUGGUGUCGGAUGCCGGUGACGCCCUAGAAACGCUCGAGUCGCUCACACCGUGGCUGAGCAGCCAUCUGCAGGGCUCCACGCCGGGUAACCCUCAAUUUCUCUACUGGUCCGAGAAGCUAUUGGCGGAAGGAGCUUCCAUUACCGCGGAAGAUGCGCUCCGCGACAUUGCCGUUACGGACGCACAAACCGUGACAACCGCACUGGGGUUUCUUCGGCUAUGGGCUUCUCAUCCUAACACCAAGCAAGCGACUGCUUCUCAAACCGCCGAGACGGACAGUUCCACUCACGCAGUACUUCGGUCUUCACUCUGGAAGUCAUAUUAUGAUCUCCUUACGGCUAUUCUACAACAUGGAGUGCCAUAUAGCCCCUCGACUCAAGGACCAGCACGCCCACAGCUGGCUAGCGAGAUCAGACGCGUGGAGGCUAUCUGCGAGGCAAAUCUCUUAAGGGAGACGAAGUUCCCUGCCGCCAAUUCCGCCAACCCGCAGGUCGAGGAAUGGGUCGAAGAAGUGAUUUCCAACUGGCAGGUCCUUGGCGGUCCAAACUGGACUGACGAAGAGCUUGGGGAAGGAGGCCAGAAUGCUGUUGGCAGGAAUGUCCUCGAUAUUCUCUAUCGCGCUGCUACAAAGACGUACCAUUCGCACUUGAUCCUCCGUCGUUUAUUUCACGUCCAUUGCGCUUUGGGCGAUUCUGUUCUUGCGAUCAAAGCGCUUGACUCCUACAUUGAGAUUGUGACCAGUGCUAAAGAGAGGGCCGAAAAGGGGGCGGAAUCCGGAGAAUUAGAAAAUGAUGGAACUCUCCUUCGCACCAUCGUAGAGGGUGUGACUAUGCUGUGCUGCUUCGGUUCCAAGAAAGAGGCAGAAAAGGCAAAAGAAUUGACGGAUCUACUGAAGAAGUUUACCGCGAAGCAUGUUCAAGAAAGCGAUGAUCAGGAGGACGGUACCAUCGUGAUCAAGCCGGAAACGAGCUCCACCAACUCCCAGGCUGUCUCUCCGCAAGAUAUUGCCGCGGCUUAUCGAGGCAUUGGUACAGGACUAGCAAAUUGGGCGUACUGGACUCCUAUCAAUGAGGACCGUGACGAUAUCCGCGCAGAGGCGAUUGAUUAUCUUGACAAGAGCUUGGCACCAGAGCUAGAAGAUGAAUCCAACCGUUCCUCGCUUUACACUCUGGCUCUGUUGUUGGCUGAAAACAGAGACAUCGACGGUGCCAUUGAGUUUGUCCGGUCAGCAUUGACCUCAGAGACACAGCCUCGUACCGGACAAGCCGACUUUACUCGCGAACGGGAACUUGUUCCAUUGUGGCACUUACUCGCUCUGCUUCUCAGUGCGAAGGAGGACUUCGAUAUCGCUGAGCGCUCUUGCGAAGCUGCUUUUGAGCAAUUUCCCUCUACGAUUACCUCUCUAGCGCACAGCGAUAGACCGCCACAGAAGCAUCAUCACAACUCGCAGGACCAGGCCGUCACGGGGCUGACACAUGCUUUAAUCGAUCAAUUGCGCGAUCGGGAGAAGGAGCGCAUUAUCGGAACUCGCAUGACCCAGCUUGCAUUUGUUGAACUCCUUGAGGGUCCAGAAAAUGCUCUGAACCACAGUGAACAGCUACUCAGCCUAUUCGCCACUCUGUUUCGUUCAUUGAAUCUUGAAUCGGAGGACAAACCCAAUAAUGCGCCAGCUGACCAUCUUGUUCCACCUAAAAGCUCCGCUGGAACCGUCAAGAGUCUUCGGGGAAGUAUUUUUGGACGGCAUCACCGUGGGACUCGUACGAAAGGAGAAGCCGCACCAGAUCACACAACUCAAGGAGAUGCGCCACCAUCGCUACAAGUCUCGAAUGACGCUUCCAUCGAAAACCCAGCUGUGGCUAGAUCUGGAUCCCGGAAGUUGCGGUCCAGAAGCAAUACCCUCCAGAAACCGGAUGGUGUGCAAGAGCAGGCUCCCAAUCACCCAACUGGAAAGAACUCAGCCCAGGCUGGUCCUGAUGCUGUACCCCAGCCGCCUUCUCCCGGCAUGGUUGGAACGGCGAUCACUGAUGCAGUGGCACAACCGUCAACCGCCAAACAACCGCUGGGACCUAUACCUCAUAACCUCAAGCACAAUCAACAACCUCCUCCGACUGGGCAUCCUAAUCAGCCGCCUGUACAGGACACCCGACUGCCUCUAUCCUACGCAUUCGACUCACCCACCAGAGCUGUGACCAAGGUUGCACCGAUUCAAUCUCAGAAGCACGCUCUGUCUAUACUUGUCGACAUCUGGUUACUGAUUGCUGGACUCUACCGCCGUGCGUCAUCCUUUGAAGAUGCCCACGAAGCGUGUGAAGAAGCCUCUAAGCAUAUCUCGCACUUCGAGAGCCUUGUGGCAUCGCAGGAGUCAUCUGCACGGGCGUUCCGUGAACGGGGAUGGGGUUGUCCUAAGAGCUGUCAAGACCUCUGGGCCGACCUAUAUGCGGAGCGGGGUCUCCUUUCAAAGGCUCAGGAUCGUCCACAUGAAGCAAUGGAGCACUUUGAACAGGCUCUGCGACACGAAAUGGAUCAUCCAAACGCUACAGUUGGCCUGUCCAAUCUACUCCUUGACAUCUGGGAUCGCAAGAUCCCUCUGGAGCCUCCAGCACCGGGCAUUGAACUCGAAGCGUCCAUGUUUCCCUUGUCCUCCCCUCUCAGCGAGCCCAAAAAGAAGUCCGAUCUUGCUGGUUCAAGUGCUCCCGCGCACACCGAGGCAACGUCCGCUAAUGCUGAAAAGGAGGAGGAGCCAAUACUUCUCAAUCGCAUUGCCGCGCGGGACCGAGCCUAUGGCCUGCUUGCCGGCUUGACAAAACGGGGCAGCUCUUGGGACAACAGUGAGGCUUGGUAUGCACUCUCCCGAGCAUAUGAAGCUGAGGGAUCAAUCGAGAAGCUCAAGGAUGUCUUAUGGUGGUGUAUCGAGUUAGAGGACCGUCGGCCCAUCCGACCCUGGUCCAGCAUUGGCUCCGGUAUAUAUGUGCUUUGAAUCUUUGUAUCUAGAUCUACGGCAAGCGCUGAUCUCCAUUUCUUCUUGACGGCCCGCUUAAUAUGAUACCUUGGGGACUCUUGUGUCUAUAGACGAGGAACUACUAUAUAGACUGACGG